CCCUGGGACUACUUUAGGCCCUGCCCAGAGUCCAGAAGUCCAGACGGCCCAGAAGACAAGCAGGUUGGAGCCUGAGUCAGAGAGAGGAGAGAGAGGGGGAGACAGGAGAAGCCUACCACAGCAGGGGGUGAGGACCAGCAGGAGGUCUUUGGUGUGUCUGAAGAAGUCUGCCUUCCGUUCUCACUGAGCCACUCUGAGAAUGGAUCUGUCUGCCCGGGAGCUGUGUCUCAACUUCACUGUGGUCCUGGUCACGGUUAUCCUUAUGUGGCUCCUUGUGAGGUCCUAUCAGUCCUGAGACGGCAUGCCACUCUCCAGGGAUUGACUGCAACGCUCCAGAGCUGCCUGCUGUAUGUCCUGAGAUCCCACUGCUGUAAUGGGAUGCCUUUCCUGGCACCCUAAGGCACUUCUGACCUGCACACACCAUCUCUGAGGCGCCUCCCGUGUUAGGAUCAAUUGUGUGUUCUCUAAAGAUGCUGCUCUCAAGGGCUGCCAAGAGUUUGCCAGUCAACAUUAGAUUUAUUCCCCAACGCUUAUGGCAAAUGUGUUAGCUAAGCCACAAGGUUAAAAGGAAACUGGAUUCAU